GCUUCGAUACGGGACGCGUACGACACAAACAUUUCGGUAUCCGCGCAAUUACUCGGCUAACAGGAGUACGCAGAGGAGAAAAGAAGGGGGGAAAUUCGGUGUGUCGGGUAACAAACAUCGCUUACCGCGAUGGCAUCGGUGGCAGCGUGGCUUCCGUUCGCCCGCGCGGCUGCGAUUGGUUGGGUGCCGAUUGCCACGCAUCCCCUUCCGCCGCCGCCGAUCCCCAAGGAUCGUCGCAAGGCAGACGACGAGAAGCUUCUGAUAAACGUGAGCGGGCGUCGAUUCGAGACGUGGCGGAACACCCUCGAGAAGUAUCCGGACACUCUUCUCGGCUCGAACGAGCGGGAGUUCUUUUACGAUGAGGAGAGCAAGGAGUACUUCUUCGACCGUGAUCCGGAUAUCUUUAGACACAUAUUGAACUAUUACCGUACCGGCAAGCUUCACUAUCCGAAGCACGAAUGUUUGACCAGCUACGACGAAGAGCUGGCGUUCUUCGGCAUAUUGCCGGACGUGAUCGGCGACUGCUGCUACGAGGAUUACCGUGACCGCAAGCGCGAGAACGCGGAGAGGCUGAUGGACGACAAGCUGAGCGAGAACGGGGAUCAAACUCUGCAGCAGCUACUGGAUAUCAGGCAAAAGAUGUGGAGGGCGUUCCAAAAUCCUCACAUCUCGACGGCCGCGUUGGUGUUCUACUACGUGACCGGUUUCUUCAUUGCCGUAAGCGUGCUGGCGAACGUGGUCGAGACCGUGCCGUGCGGUAAUCGUCCGGGACGCGCCGGUACGCUUUCAUGCGGCGAACGUUACAAGAUCGUCUUCUUCUGUUUGGACACCGCGUGCGUAAUGAUAUUCACCGCGGAAUAUCUGUUGAGGCUGUUCGCGGCUCCGAGUCGGUGCAAGUUCGCGCGAUCAGUCAUGUCCAUCAUCGACGUGGUCGCCAUCCUACCGUACUACAUCGGCCUCGGUAUCACCGAUAACGACGACGUAUCCGGUGCUUUCGUUACGUUGCGCGUCUUUCGUGUGUUCCGGAUCUUCAAGUUCUCCAGGCAUUCGCAGGGUCUGCGGAUCCUCGGUUACACGUUGAAGUCGUGCGCCUCGGAGCUCGGCUUUCUCGUUUUCUCCCUGGCCAUGGCCAUCAUCAUAUUCGCCACCGUGAUGUUCUACGCGGAGAAGAACGUCGAUGGAACAAACUUCACCUCGAUUCCUGCUGCAUUCUGGUACACCAUCGUUACUAUGACCACUCUGGGGUACGGUGACAUGGUUCCGAAAACGAUCGCGGGAAAAAUCGUGGGGGGUGUAUGCUCCCUUAGCGGUGUCCUUGUGAUCGCUUUACCGGUGCCUGUUAUCGUCAGUAAUUUCAGCCGAAUAUAUCACCAGAAUCAGCGGGCGGAUAAGCGAAAGGCUCAGAGGAAAGCUAGAUUAGCGCGCAUCAGGAUCGCGAAAGCGUCGAGCGGGGCGGCCUUUGUCAGCAAAAAGAAGGCGGCCGAAGCCCGAUUGGCCGCGCAGGAGAGCGGCCUUCAGCUGGACGAGAGUUACAAGGAGGAGGAUAUUUUCGAAUUGCAGCACCAUCAUCUCCUUCGUUGUCUAGAGAAGACCACGGACCGUGAGUUCGUGGAGAUGGAAGUGCCCUACAACGGUGCCCCGAAGAGGCCAGGCUCACCUUCGCCACUGACUUCCCCCGCGCACAGCACUGCCUCCAGAGGCGGCCUCCUGCACGCCUGCUGCGGCCGCUGCUACCCCCAACGUUACCAGAGCUUGUCUUAUCAGCUUACUUCGAACGACAGCAAGGAUAGAGUGGUGCUCGUAUAUGGGGAUCGUAUACAAGUGCGGACAAAGGACCUAAAGAAGCGCGGUUCCCACACCUGUGAUAUGCAGGCCCUACAGCCACUUCCGGUCCCAAGCAACACAGUCAACACCGCGCCUGCAAUGACUACUUCCGGUGGACAGUCACCGCUUCCGGUAUCGGAGACCGCUUGAGUCGAGAUCGAGACCAAUCACGAUCACCAUAUCCGCUAUUACGAACAAAAAUCACCUUUAACAAACCAACCACCGUCCUCUUCUUCUACUCGAUGAAAGAUGAAAGAACAAUGGCCGACCGGCCGGAAGAACGUUUCAGCGAAGAAAAUGAAGAGCGAGAGAACGGAAAGUCGGUGGUGUCUCGACAAGAGCGGAAAAGGAACCUGCGAAGCCGCUGACAAAACGUUCGACGAACCGGGAACGGUUCGAGAAUCGACGAUUCGCGACGCCUUCUAGGAGGACGAAGGUUGCUCGUUCUAGGAGAGCAACGUUCCCGCACGAUCUCUACACGGAACGACGACGUCGCGACGAGAAGAGGCCUCCAAGAUAUUCCUCGGAUCCAGAAAUCCCCGCGUUUUCGAGAACGAUCGUUUGUUAAUGCGCGCAUACGCGGUUGCACAUCUUGUUCAAUCCGUUCCUCUGGCGAAACCGAGGAUCGGCGAAUUUGAACCUCGCCUCGUAUACGUGACAGCUGCCCCUUUGUCGCCAAAACAGGAUCGAACAGCAGAUACGAUGAACGUCAGUCGAAGAAGAUGCGUUCAACGAUCGGCAUUCGAUUCGUUCGAUAUUGAAAUCGUCGCUGAAAAGCACCGCGAACUCGACUUCCGAAGACGGCUGGCGCGGUCUCCGCAAUUCGCGUUACUUCCUGGAUCCGCGUUCGCGCGGAUCGGCGAAACACGACCGUAGUCGCGAGGAAGCUCGAUCGCUGGCAGGGAUUUUGUUCGCUUAUUUUUACGAUGGAAAUGUUUACCUCCUAUUCGAUGCUGCGAAGUGGAACUAUCUUCUCUCGGGGACUUUGUCGCGUGCGUACGUCAUCUAAAUUUUCUUCGGCGAUGAUAGUCGACCCGGGGGAGGAAAAUCGGGGGAACGGAACGAAGGAUCGUCGGAUGCCGAACGAAGAUAAAAAUAAGAAGCAUCGCGGCUACGGUCGUCGGGCGCAGAUCGCGCGACUCGUUAGAUAAGCGACAUCCCUGGUAGCCGUAAGAGAAUCGAUCUUUGAGAAGCGUUCGCGGUGCAAGGACACUGCGGAAAUUGAUCGGCGCUGUUUUCAAGGAGUCUCUUAAUUCGGUAGGUUUAACCGAGCAAACGAUAAUUUUAAGGAUAGGGGAGGAGAAGGUUGGUCGGGAGGUUCGUCAAGAGGAGCGUUGUAAGAAGAAAAAGAAAGUGAAAGACGCUGUACGAUGGCGGUCGUAAAACGUAAUGACGAUUAGAGUUGUAUCCUUGCGGAAUCGAUCGAUAGAGGGUCCCUUUGGACUUACAAAGCGCAAGGGAAGCAAGAUAUCCUCGUCGGUAGGGACCCACGUACCUUGGUACUUUAAAUAAAGUAAGAUGAUGCCCUCGUUCUUUCAAAACUCUACGAAGAGUGUCCUGUUUUCUUUAAUUUUUGUUCCUUUAAAUGGUAAUUUAUCGAUUCCACCGUUGCGCCCUGAUUGGAAUCGGCGUCGGGUCGAUCGUUGUGUUUCGUCGUCGUUACCGACGGUUGUUUAUUUAUUUCGACCGCGAUAGUAUCUCGUCGACCAUUCGUAUCGCGAAAUUAAUCCCCGUGCGGCAGAAAACUAUCCGGGGAGGAUCGAUGAAUCCACAAUCGACCCGCGCUCGCCUAGGGGGUGAAACGGUUUUAGAAUUUCAGAGGAAGUCUCCCUCGAGCGACAGGAAGCUACGAAGAAUCGGUGUUUUAAUUCAACGAUGCCCGGCGUCGUUGAAUGAUCGUUGUAAAUAAUCGUGAAGCCGGUUAGGGGAGUCUCGUGUUGUCUGUAAUUAACUUUGUAAUUAAUUGUAAUCGAUCUACGCGAGCGAA